UUUAGGUGGGGAUACAUUCGUGCCGAGGCACUUACACACGGACAGACAGUUUCCUACGAAAGUGAGAUGAGUCUACAAAGUUGUUUGUAGUUUAGCCUCAACUUAUUCGUCAAGUAGCUUGUGCUUACUUAUGAAUUAAACAAAAGUGUGCGGUAUAUAUAUACAUACAUAGCUUGGUUUGAGACACCCGAGAAUACGAAAGCCUACGAAACGCCAUGCGUAUAUUCUCAAUAUUUCUUACUUUUUAUUCGAUCACGUGGUAGCCAGCAUGCGUGUAAAUAUUAUUCCCCAGUUUCAGUCUACUUAUAAUGAACCGUGAAUUCCUUUGGAAAAAUGAAAGGAUAUUAAUUAAACAAAUAGUGAUUCCCUCCAGAAUUCAACAGUUGCACAUAGAUAUACAACUAUUAAGUAAGUUGUCAGUGUUGGUAUUACCACUACCACCAGCAUCAUAGCUACCACCUCCGCUUCUACCUCUCUCCAUACCCGAUUACCUAGGACUUGGAGAGUGAAAGAGAAGGAGGGAACAAGAGCAAGAGAGAGAGGAUCUACGCUUUGCGCAAAAGUUACGCCGGAGCAAGAAACAGUGAGACACACCGCGGGGACCGGAAGAGACCCUUUCUCUCAGAGUACGUUUUCGAAGAGAGCCCGCCAAACUCUCGUAUUUGUUCCAACUAGUGAAAGUCUCUCUUUUAACGAGGUUUAUUUUUGUAUUGUGCGUACUUGUUCCUAUAAAUUGAAUUAUAUAUUUUUUAUUAAAGUCCAGUUCUGAGUAUUUCAGUGUAUUUCUGACUGUGUGUGGUUCUAUGUGCGGAAGACAAUCACCACUGUGCUAUUAUUUCUUCAAGCAACAUUAAUGUCAGUGAAGACAUGAGGAUUUGUGAAGUGUAGGGGCGCAAGCGUAGUAGCGUACAUACUUUUUGAAACGUUCCAGCUGCUAAAUUUUCAAUUGUGGCAAAAAAUUAUUAUUAAUAGAGAUGGGAUAAAUCUCCGAUUUUUUAAAAAGAAAUCUUUAUUUUUCAAGUGUUAUUGGUGACAAUUGGACAAUGAGAACAGGUUUUUAAAAACUAAAGAAAGUUGUCUGUUUAAAAAAAGGUCGAGAAGAGGCAUUGAAGCGACGAAACGAACCUCUUUUACUUCGGUUAUUGCUUGUACGUACCAGUAGAGCAAGCUGGUGUUGUGUAAGAGCUGAAAGUAAAAGUUGAAACUGUCGAGUUCGACUUAAACCGCGCGAGCGCGUUAAAAUCCGAUCUCGUGGAGGCCAGCAAAGUAGUCAAAUAUCCCUUCCAGGUUGCCUUGCUUUCGCGACUGUCUCCAACUCUAUCGUUAUCGUAACCUCAUUGAUGAACGCGAUCUAGUCGCCACAUUGUGCUGUACAGAAAUAAAACAGGAAGUUGACACAAGAGGAAGUGUAAAAGAGGCGAAGGUGAGGCUAUCCGGAGAAUUAGAAAAUAGCAGGGAAAGAAGAGAUUAUAUAAUAACGUAACUCAACCUAACUUAAAACGAGUUAAAAGGUUUCAUAUGACACGGCAUAAAAAUAAAGCAUUUGUGUCCUUGAAGAAAGGUGUUGUCAACCGUUUAUUACGAAAGAGAAAAAAAUAACAAUAAUAAAAGUAUUAAUUAAAACUAAGGGAAUAGAAAGCUCGUUCACCAGCAAGAGACUGAAGAAAAAGAACAAAGAUAGAUGGAAGUGUCUUCACGGUUGGGUGAUCAUUGCAACGUUCAAGCUUGGAGAGAAGAGGAAUAAGAGUAGAGGAAGAGGUGGAGAACGAGCUCAAAUGAAGUUGGAGGAGGAGGAGAAGGAAAAGUGGUAGAGGAAAAGGCCGGAAGUGGAAGAUUCAAGGUAUUGUUGACCCGAGGACAUAUCGCGUUCUUGAGAGAGCUGCCUGUUUUUGUAUUGAUAAUGGUCCUGUGACUUCAGUUGACAUGAUAGAAUUAUUAUGCAUGCAAUAACUGAGAAAGAUUUUGUACAAGACGAAAAGUACUUUAAAAUGCUGACAGAAUUAAAAAGGUGCGCGCGAAAGGAUAAGAGAAAGGAAUAAGAGCCACCUUCGAGUCCUUGAGUAUUUCCAACAGGUAAAAGUAUCGAAGCCAGCCGGCUGACCCUGAAGUACCCAGAGCUGGGAAAAAGUUCUUCAUCGUCGUUUGUAUAAUCCACAGUUGUUGCAAGAUUGUGUUUUGACUAACUCUUUCCUAAUCAUUUAGAAUUCAAGGACCAUUUCACGUUGAAUCAGUUAUUACAGAGUAGUGAUCUCACACGAGCUUUCUAAAAUUUCAAGUUUUUUUUCAGAAAAAACAAUGGAAGAAACGCAACUGUAAAGAUGAAAAUUGUAUAAACUUUACAGUAUAUUUUUUUAAUUUUUGAUAUACUGAUUUUUCAUUUCUUAUUUCUUUUGAUGGAAAAGAUUCGAGAAUAUUGAUCAAGUCGAAGAGUUUCUAAACGAGGAUAAAUGUGCAAAAAAUUUACAAUAUAGUGUAAUGUGAUAGUGUCGCACUUGACUUAUAUAUAUAUAUAUAUAUAUAUAAAUAUAGUUUUUUUCGUUUUUUACUUCUUGGGGCAAUCCUCAAGACGAAUUAAGCGGUGCUCGAGUAUACAAGCUCGAAUUUCAAUGUUUAUCAAGUGUCGUCAUCGUCGUCGUCGUCGCCGUUACCUCGAAUCUUUGAUUCUUUUCGGUUUGCGACGUUUAGCAAGGAAUGAGAAUUCUUUUACUGUUUUUGGAUAAAUCAUCUGGAAUAUAUAAAGUACUAACUGCAGAUCAAUAAAACGGAAAUGUAUCCUGACGGCCUCUUGACACUUCAUUACGGGAAACAUCCCGCAACAUUAGCUGCAGAGGUCGGGGCAUGGUACUCUGGAGACCGUCAUGUGGAUGUCACCCUUGCUUGUGACGAUGGUUCUGUUGUUAAGGCCCAUCGUGUUGUGUUAGCAGCAGCCAGUCCUCUUCUAGCUAAUCUUCUUCGAAAUCCUGCUCUGGAUCACGUAGUUCACUUUUCCGGAGUUAGGAAAUCUCAACUCAGUCACUUACUAGAAUUUCUUUACAAUGGAGAAGCUCUUAUACCGUCUACAGAGCUUACACCAUUGAGGGAGCUUUUUGAACUUCUACAAAUAAAGUCGGAACUUUUCGAACCUAAUCAAUCACACAGUUCGAAUAAUUCUGAUCCUGAAAGACUACCUACCCCUCAACCGUCAGAUGAACAAGAAUGUUCUAGUUAUGAAUCACAAUAUGAUGACAGGCAGCCGAAUAAUCCAGCAGAUUGUUGUUCUGUACUCAUUAAAACGGAGAGCUGUGAAGAGGAACCAGAUGUAGAUGUUGAGGGAGUUGAAGGUGAAUCUCUUCUUUCGGAUAAUAGGGAAAGCAGCAUAGAACCUCCAAGAAGAAGGGAUAGUUCAGAUCCUGUAAAUCUUAGCCUUAAUUCUGGAGCCUCUACAACAAGUGAGGGUUCACAUGAUAUUGUAAACAGGCCAGAAAAACCGCUUUUAGAAAGGAGAGAGUCUCUUGAAGAAGCAGAGGAGAGAAGGAGACAGUUGGCUGCUAGAUUGGCUCUAGGUCUUGAGCCAGCUAAACGAAAACCUGAAGAAAUACCUAUUCCGCCUGCGGAAGCAUAUGUUGUGACACCACAUCGUAAACGAAGGCCUGGGUUUCACAAUUCUCCUGCCCAGAAUCCUGCAUUUGUACCUUUUAACCCCGGGUUUGAAACUUCGCGGAGGUUACAGGCUCCACAUCCGCUCAGUAUUUCUGCUCCCCCGUAUUUGCAGGACAGAUCAGUGACACCACCCAGUGCAUCUCAUCGACCUCCAUCAGCGGAUCCAUCUCCUGGAGCAAAUUUGGAACCACCCUGGGGUACCUGGAGUCUUCCUCCAACUAGAGCACCACCUGCUCCACUUUCGGACGAUCCACCAAAAUCCACGCCAGUUCGAGAGUACCGUUGCAGCUAUUGUGGAAAGCAGUUUGGCAUGUCAUGGAAUCUUAAAACUCAUCUGAGAGUACAUACAGGCGAAAAACCAUUCGCGUGUAGAUUAUGUGUUGCUAUGUUUAAGCAAAAAGCUCAUUUGCUUAAGCAUCUUUGUUCAGUUCAUAGAGGUGUUAUUGCAGCUCCAGAUAACACUUUUACCUGUUGCUUCUGUUCUCUAAGCUUUGAUAGCUUGCAAGAGCUCAUUAGGCAUCUUUCAGGUCCUCACAACAAUUUGCUACUUAGCAAAAAUCUACAUGAUUAGCACAAGAUUGAAAAUACAAUAUUUUAAAAAAUCUCGGAAUUUCAGAUUUCUAUUUGACUCUUUAAGAACAAACUUUUAUGUAAAUUAUUAUAAAAAGGAACUAAUACUUGGUUAAAAUUACGUAAUAAUUAUAAGAUGAACUCAUUUUUUUCGAGCCUGUAAUGUAAAUUUUAAACAUGCGAUAAAAUAAAUACACAGAGAGAAAAAUCAAGCUAUUGAAUUAUAGAUCUGUCUAUAUUUAUUGCGCUAGCACUCUCUCCUAGAGUUUUUAGUACUUCUUUCGCAAGUAUUUUACCAAGAGUUUUUUUAUACCACUUUAGCUUGGUAUUUUUCUCCGAGAAAUAAAUAAAAAUUUUGUUUUAUAAAAGGGUAAGAAAUAGUAAGACAUCUAUUGAUAAAAUUCCAUGGUACUUGGUAUUUAAGGGAUUUUACAGUAGCUGAAUAUAAAUCUAAAGUCCGACUUUAAAAAUUCACAAUGUCAGAUUCAAUAUAGCGAACGAUUUUUUAAAAUUUCAUUGCACGAAAAAAAUCAUAUGGUUGGGACAUUCAUAUUCAUGAAUAAGGACGGUACAUCAAUUUUCUAUGGAUGUGCCAACCAUAGAUAUGGAUGUGUCAAUUAAAAAAUGGAUAUGGUAGCAAUAUAAUAUUGAUAUCCCAACCAUUCCUUUUUUAUUUCCGUGUGGAUUUUCCUUAAACUUGUUACUCGUGUGUUUUUAAAGAUCGCUGAAUACAAAAUCCAAGUAAGAUGUCAGAAUUCAAAAUCACGUAACAAAUAUGGUGAACGACUAUUUUUGUCAAUUAAUACACUAUACAAAAAAAAUCGAAAGUUAGUGUCAACCGGAGUUAGCAGAUAUAAUAUUUUGAGUUUAAAAUUAACUCCAAAAGUAAGUUAAUUUACUCUUAAAAAUCAUCUCACUAAGCAUCAACUCCAAAAUGUAUUACAUAUUUGUAUCAUUUAUAACAAUUUCUUUCAAAGUGUUAGCAAUUAAUUUCGUAACUAUUACAUAAAUUACUUUCACAGAUAUUAAUAUUUUUUAAAUUAUUUUGCGAUUUUAUCAAAAAUGUUCUUUAAAAAAAUCUAAUGUUUUAAAAAUUGUUAAAUUACUUUCAUAUCUGUGAUAUUAUGGUUUAAAAAAUCUAAUGAAUAGAUUUAAAUAAAAUCAAGUGAGUUUUUCAGCCAUUUCAUAAAUAAAACAAAAAUAAAACAGUUAAGGAGCAAUUUUUCAAAAGCUGAUAAAUCUAUAUUUUGUCGGUCAUUUUGAGAAAAAACAAAAGAGCAUUCUCACAUAACCACUGAAAUUAACUUCAAUGUAAAAAAUUUUAAUAAAUUAUUUAUAUUUAAAUGUUUUCGGAAUUUAAGACGUUUUGUUUGUGAUUAAAGUCCAUUAUAAUUAGGGAAUUUAAAGGUUUUUAAAAUGUUUUUAAAAUUGAAAAUUCUUUGACAAUAAAUUUUUUUUUAAGAGCAUUUGAACCUUCGUGACGUCACAAAUCAUGGCGCAUGACACGCAAACUUCUCAGGUAUGUGAAAAGCACAAUUUUGAAUAUUUUUUAAAAAAACCUUUUGGAAAAUGUUCAGAAUAACAUAGACUCUGUCUGUUAUGUGCGGAAAAUUCAAAAUUUUGCGUUUAAAACGUUUUUUAAACAAUGUUAAGGUCACAAAUCAUGGCGCAUGACACGCAAACUUCUCAGGUAUGUGAAAAACACAAUUUUGAAUAUUUUUUAAAAAAACCUUUUGGAAAAUGUUCAGAGAAACAUAGACUAUGUCUGUUAUGUGCGAAAAAUUCAAAAUUUUGCGUUUAAAACGUUUUUUAAACAAUGCCUACAUAUAAGCAAUUCGUGUAUUUUUCCUUACUUGUGACAACCAACUUAAACAUUAUUUAAAAAACGUUUUAUACGCAAAAUUUUGAAUUUUUCGCACAUAACAGACAUAGUCUAUGUUUCUCUGAACAUUUUCCAAAAGGUUUUUUUAAAAAAUAUUCAAAAUUGUGUUUUUCACAUACCUGAGAAGUUUGCGUGUCAUGCGCCAUGAUUUGUGACCUUAACAUUGUUUAAAAAACGUUUUAAACGCAAAAUUUUGAAUUUUCCGCACAUAACAGACAGAGUCUAUGUUAUUCUGAACAUUUUCCAAAAGGUUUUUUUAAAAAAUAUUCAAAAUUGUGCUUUUCACAUACCUGAGAAGUUUGCGUGUCAUGCGCCAUGAUUUGUGACGUCACGAAGGUUCAAAUGCUCUUAAAUUCAACUUUGUCAAAUCGAUUCGUAAUAUCCUUAAUAUCUUAAAUCUGUGUUCACCUCAAUUUUUUUGAAAAAUGAAUUUAUCAGGUUUUGAAAAAUUGCUCCAUGUAUGCAUCAAGUAGGUAAAACCAAAGUUCGGAAGUUACGAAUAACUUUAAGUUACAUAAGUUACAUACGGCUUACCGGUCACAUGUAUUUCUAAUACAUUUUUAGACUUUUUUUCUAAAUAAUAUUGUUCUUUGGUUAAUCUGUUUUUCAUAUAAUUAAAAUUUUAUUUUGAUAAAUGUUAAAAUAUUUGAUAAAAAAUCGGAAUGUUUUUUAUGCUAUUUGUGUUUUCUUUCUGAAUUUCAAGAAAAUAAUUAAUAACAUUUCGAAAAAUUAAUUAAUUAAUAAUGAACAACGAGUAAGCAAAGUGACAUUUAUAUGUUAUUUUGUAACAGACGUAAAAAAAUAAACCACGUUUUUUAAAUUGGCGGGAUUUAUAGCUCAUAGAAUUUUUACACGAUAUACUUCGUUCAGGGCUUAAAUGUUAACAAAAAAAUUUUGUAUUGCAAAUUGAGAAUCACUAUCUCUUAGACUAUCGAACACUUUUUUUAAAAUUCUGUUCAAGUAUUGUCUAUUUUUUAGAUAAUCUUUAGCUAAUUUUUAAAAGUGAAUGUUUUUCAAUAGUGUCCCAGAUAACACAACAUAUUCGAGAAAUAUUUUAUGGAAGAUUGAAAUAUUCCGCAUUGAUUUAAAUAAAGAAAAGGAAUAUUCAUUUAUCAAAUACAGUCGACACUCGAUAAAUUGAAUCUCAAGGGGAUUAAGAAAAAGUUCAAUUUAUCGAGAGUUUUAUUUAUCGAAAGUUUUAAUUAUCGAGAGAAAGACAGGAAAAGUUCAAAUUAACGAGAGUUAUGAAGAAAAUUCAAAUUAUAGAGAGUUCAAUUUGACUGAAUUCAAUUUACAGAGGGAGCAUUUCUAUAUAUAUAUAUCGAAAAAUUCAAAUUAUAGAGAGUUCGGCCGGACGAAUUCAAUUUAUAGAGGUAAAAUAGACAAGUUGCCGUCAAAAAACUUUUAUUUAUUUAAAAUUUAUUUAUUUAAAAAUUCAAAUUAUAGAGAGUUCGGCUGGACGAAUUUAAUUUAUAGAGGUAAAAUAGACCAAGUUGCCGUCAAAAAAACUUUUAUUUAUCAAGGGACCCAAAACAAUGGGAUUUUUUCAAUUUAUAGCGAGUUUUUCAAGGGACCCGAAGAACGCUUCAAUUUACCGAGAGAUUCAAUUUAUCGAAUGUUUAAUUAUCGAGUGUCGACUGUAUAUGCCUUGAAUAUUCCUUUGAAGUAUACUUAAAACAUUCCUCGAUUAUGUUUUCGGAUUGUUCUUUGGGAAUACUCCCAUAUUAUUUCUUGGAAGUAUUUCAAAAACAAUUCUUGUAAAUGUUCUUAGGCUGGUUCCAGAAUGGAGCCAAACGCAAACGCGACGCAUCACAUUAGGCUGUGUCAGUUCAUCGAGAUAUUACGAGUUCAAGAUAUGACGUCAGAGGCCUGGAGGGACAACAAGCAGACGACACAAUGUUAUUCUUAUGGGGAAGAAAAUUUGUUUUCACUUUCAUCAAUUUUAUUCUUAUUUUAAACAUGGAAAACGCUUGUUGACAUAUAAUAAAAUUAAAAUGUGUAUUGAUGAUUAAUUUUGUUAUAUAUUUGAUUCAAUUGCAUUGAUAGAUUCUCUGAAUUCGUGAUAAAAUAUAAAUAUUGAGGUUAGAAAAGUUUGUUUACUAAUCACAUUUUACAUUUUAACAACAUUAUUAAACAAUAUCCAGUAUGCAUGUUAUUAAAAAAGAUAUAAAAUAUAUAUUUUAAGUGGGAAUUACCGCAGCAGUAAAAGAGUUUUAAGUUAGUAAACAAACUUUUCUAACCUCAAAAUUUAUAUUUUAUCACGAAUUCAGAGGAUCUAUCAAUGCAAUUGAAUCAAAUAUAUAACAAAAUUAAUUAUCAACACACAUUUUAAUUUUAUUAUAUGUCAACAAGCGUUUUCCAUGUUUAAAAUAUGAAUAAAAUUGAUGUGCUUUGUUGUGUCUCCAGGCAUCUGACGUCACACCUAGAAUCGACUCUGACGUCACAAGUGACAGAUCCUAAUUCCUAAGCAAAUGGUGCUGCGUUUGGCUCCAUUCUGGAACCAGCCUAAGGUUCAUUCCAGAAUGGAGCAAACGCUGACGCUAACGCAUCCCAAUGCUAAUCGAAUGGAGACGCGUCGCGUAUACGCUGCGUUGACGCGCGUUUUGCUCCAUUCUGGAACAAUUCUGGAAUGAACCUUAACCAUUUCAGCAGCAGGGCGUUCCAAUUGGCGUCGCGCGUGUAAGAGGCAGAUGCAACAGAAAUACAAAAAAAAAUUAUUCCUAAGAAUCUAAGUAAAUUGUUCUUUGAAAAUGUUACAAAACUUGUUUUUGAAAUAGUCGUAAACAUUUACAUGUAAAAAAAACACCUUGCAUAUUUUUUUUUGAAUUUUUUCGCAAAUACUUUCUGACUGUUUUUCCAAAAAUAUUUUUUAAGGAAUAUUCGUGAAAUUAGAAUCAAAUUAAAUUUUAAAAAAAUAAGAAAAGCGGAAUAUUUAAGUUUUUACUGUAAUAUUCUUAUAAGAUUUCUGGAAUAUGUUGUUCUAUCAAAGAUAGCACAUUUUAUUAUGUUCGAGAGUCUUCUACGACUAAAUUUAAGCAACAAAUUUGUAAAAAUCUCUCUGUUUUGUAAACAGCGAUUUCAAAAUCACACAAGUAUCAAGAUUCACGCAAGUCUGAUCUUUUUUAAAAAAAUUCGAAUGCCAUAUUGAAUAUAUUUGAUUGGAUAUAUUGGUUCUCAUAGAAAUUUACAAAUGUUAGUAAUGAAUUUGUUAUUCCGAGAUUUUCUUAAAAUUCUUUACACAAGAAAUUUUUGUAUAUUACAAUACUUAUUUGAAAAAUGUGACUUCCAAAGCAUUAUUUUAUUUUUUGCGCAGCUAGAUGUUUGAGUGUCAGGUAUUAUAAUAGGUAUUAUUUGAAUAAUCUAAGAUAUAAUUUUUAUCACCGUAAAUGUGCCUUUAAACAAAAGUGUCGUUCGUUCAAGUUUUAACUUGAAUUUCACGUAGUAUAAAAUUAAUAAUACAAAAGGCCCAUUUCGAUUUAUGAAAAUUACAGCAUUACGGACAAGCUUUAAGAUAAAUAACAAAUAUUACUUGCUUCUAGAAUAAUUUAAUAUAUUCGAAGCAGAAUAAAUUACCUGAUUUUUCUGCAUCAUAUUAUGAUUGUAUAAAAUAAGUAGUGUAAUUUCAUAAAGCCUUCCGAUAAAAACUAUAUAAUUCUUUGCCGUAGAAAAAAUGAAAAUAUGCGUAGUUAAAAAUGGUUAUAAAUAUGGGCCAAAGAGGAUAAAAUGGAGAGACUAAGAAAAUUUUCUCUUUUUAUUUCUUUCUAUUUAUCUUUCUCUCUCUUUCUCAUUCUUCUUGCUAAAUAUUAUUACUUUCUGUAAAUAUUGUUAUAUAUUAACGAACGAAAGAGUAAGUUAUUUAUUUUACACUUCUAAAGGGACCAACAAAUUUUCCACCGAUUUUUGCCUUAGAUAUUAAUAGAAAUAGAUUUUAAUGAUCUGCCAGAUUAAAUAUUACUUCUAAAAAAUUUAUUUUCAAGUAAUAUUGGUUAAAUGUAAAUGGCCAGACUUAUUAUCAAAAAUUUAUUAGAUGAAUUUAUUUGUUUUCUUAUGUUUUACAUUUAAAAAUUAAUAUUUGCAUUACUUAUUCUUGGCAACUUAAGUGCCUUGCUGAAAGUGUCCAAAUUAAUCAAUUGGGCAGUGAUUUCAUGUGUUCAUAGGCAUAAGAUUAUUAAAGGAGUGAGCAAAUGGGUAGAAAAGUAAAUUCGUGUGGAGUACAUUAAACCGCGUUUGACAUAUAGUUUCAAUUGAUCAAUUAAUCUUUUCUCUCUAGUUAGGUAGAUAUUUGAGUAUUAAAGUUUUUCUCCGUUUCUCUGUAUGCUCUUGACGCAGGACGUCAGAUUAAUAUAAAAAGUAAAAUGCUUCAAAGAAUUUGACUUAUUAUUGUUAACUUUCAAAAAUUUCAGUGGUAGCGAAUAGAAAUAAUGAAAUUUGUAAAUUCAAAAAUGAUUCAAAACGUUAAUUAUAUAAAAAUAAAAUCGUUAAAUAUUCAUAUAUUUUAUCAAAAUAGUUUAUCACUUUUGAAAACAGUUACUGCAUUUUAACAAGGUUAAAUUAAAUUAAAUCACCCAACCACCCUGCUUAAAAUGUUGGAUAUAAACCAGAUACAAUGCAGAAAAUAUUUCGAUAAAAGCCCAUUCGGGUUUAUCUCUUAUGGGUCUUAUACAUGGCUCUACUCGGAAAAUGAAAAAAAAUUUAAAGUAUUGUUGUUCAUGGUUUUAACUUGGCCCUAUCUGGUGCAAAAAUUGAAAUACUCAGACAUAUUGCUAAUAAUCAGUUCUCACUUGUCACUUAUGCAGUUUUUACAUGGAAUUUAAAUUCAAGAUUUAAUUAUUAUAUCGUUAACCAUGAUUCUAUUGAUUUUUUACAUGUCAUUUUUAAUCCGUGUUUUAAUUGGUAACUAUAAUAAAUAUUUACGGGUUUUAUAUUUUUCUACUUAGAUUUUAUCAUGGAAAUAAAACCUUUAAUAUAAUGAAA